GGGAAGGAGGCGGCGCGCGGCGGUCACUGGUUGGCCGAUGGCGUCGCGUCCCAGGUGAGUGCGCGUGAGCGGUGGCCAGUAGUCUAUGGUCGGUACUCGAUUAUCGAUGUUCGGUUGUUACACUUCCGUCUGCCGUAAUCCAACGUUAAUCGGAUGCGCCUUUGCCGUUCAUUCUCGUGUCUGCCCACUUUGCCCUACGCAAAACAGAUACACGGCAACGGCUUCCAGAAGUCGUGUUUCGUCUCCGUGUAUUCAAGAUGGGCAACGAUAUUAUUGUCGAUUUUCCUUUGAGCAGACGUCCUGAGUCCAGACGUGGAAUUUUAUAGAAAGGAAGGUCAAACAAGGUCCAUGCACAAUUCGUCUCAUAAUCUCAACACGAUUAUAAUUUACAUUUUACAAUAGAGGAGAUAUUAACAAGAUAAACAUGAAGUCUGCUCAAUCGAUGAGAUCAAUGGUGGACUCCUUUACAUAUUAUGAACCAUGUGUCCUAUUAGAAAAAAUUCCGAUUCCCAUAUGGAUGGAAAAUAAACAGAACAAUGUUGGCCUUACAAAUGGAGUACCUAAACGUAUGAAAUUAAAAACUGAAGAAACAGAGGAGUUCACAAAUGGAGAACCUAACCGUAAAAAAUUAAAAACUGAAGAAACAGAGGAGUUCACAAAUGGAGAACCUAGCCGUAAAAAAUUAAAAACUGAAGAAACUGAGUUGGAAAUUCCAAAGUUGAUACUGUCAAAAAAUGGGGGUACAUUUAAAUCGAAACUUAAAUAUUCAAAAUUACAGCCAGAAAGUUCUCAUCUCAAAAAACUACCGGAUAAAUUGAACACAAUAAAUAAGGUCAAACCUUCAAAUAAAGAAAAAUGCAUAAAAAUAAACCAUGACAAGAAAGAUAAAAUCAAAGAAAUUAAGGAAUCGGUAACACAUAACACCUUAUUAAUUGGUAAAAUCAAAAUACGUAACGUUAAUACAAUAAAUGCCAAUUUUACUGAAAAUAACUAUUUCGGUACGGAAAAAUCAAAUGUUUCACAAAGUAAUUCACCUUUUGUUUUUCCACCGCUGGGGACCAAGGAAGUUACAAUGCUAUGUUUUGAACAAUUACAUAAAAAAUACUUCAAUAAAAAUGUACAAGAUACUUUGGCUAUUAAUAACAAUCUACUAUUUAUGAAUAUGUUAACAAAUAUGCAUUGUAUAUCACGAGUUAACUUGAUAUUAAGUAGGAAAGACAAACAUGUUAUGGCUCAGAAUGUUCAUAAGCUGGCAGUUCUGUACAUAAAUUAUUUUGAAAAACUUGACAAAAUGCUACAAACAAAUAUUAUUGAUUUAACAUCUAUUUUUGACGAUUCUGAUUUUGAACAUGGUUUUUUAAUGAUUAUUUUAAGCUUAUUCAUUGGGCUUAAGAUGUUAGGUAGUAACAUAUUUCAGAAAAGUAAUGUUUUAUUGACAAAACUUAAAAAAUUACAAUGGAAAGUUAUAAAAAAUCAAAAUGUUGAUCACAAUAAAAUCCAAACAACUUUGGAAUCUGAUACAUUUUGUUCGUGCUAUUAUAAAAUAUCAAAAUUAAUCGGAGAAGGCUCUCAUACAGAUCCCAACAUAAUUGAGUGUUGGAAGUUAUUGUUUAUACCGUCAGUUCUUAAAAUUACUUAUUUCAGUUCAGUAACUGAUGCUAUUAUAAAUGCGACAGAUGUCGAUAAAUUAGAAGGGUUAUUAGAAGAGGCAUCAAAUAAAGUACGUCAAAAUUCUUUUUCAUUAAGUGAUACUAAAAUUGAAAAUUUAAUCGCCUUGGUGAACAAAUCUAAUCAAAAAAAUAUCAAUGGCAGUCAUGAAAUGGCCAAACCGAGUACCAGUGGAUUUACUACAAUUGAAAACACUAGAUCCACGUCAAUGCAAAGUGAAAAUACUCCACAUAUUGUUCAUACAAGAUCUUUAAGAAUUGAAGAACCAAAUACGGCCGUACUUGAUUGCAAGUCAAAAGUCUGUGGUGUUGAAAAUACUUCAACUUUUAAUGUUCCUGAAGAAACUAAAGACUGGUUCAAAAAACCCAUUCCUAUUCAAUGUCAAAAGAAAUCUAAUCGUAAAAAAAAAUCUGAAUCCAAAGAAUUGAAUACGCUUUAUGAGGAUUAUUCUAAUACGCAUUUAACAAACAUACAUUCAUUAUCAAUAGCUGACCGUGUGAAAUUACGUAAAACGAGAAAUACUUUAGCUGCUGCAACUAAAACAACUGAAGACUCACGCAAAAAACUAAGAUCAAUCAAAAGCGAAUGUAUGUAUACUCCUAGUAUUAUUAAUACAAGAAUUACAAGAUCCUCAAAAUUAAAUAUUAAUUGUGUUGAAUCUUCGAAAAAAUCUUUAAAAAAAAUACAUGCACCUAACCAAGUUAAAGUUCAUAAAACUAAAAAUACCACAACUGCAGUAUCAUCAAAACCUAAUGACUUGUUGAAAAUACCCUUCUCAAUUAAAAAUGAAAAUUCAUCCAUCCCACAGAUAUUCUAUACAAGUAUCUCAGAACAAAAUAGAGUUAAUAAGAACUCUCCACUUCUUACAAGUAUAUCUACAACAUCAAUUAUUAAACAUGAAGAAGUUUGUCAAGUUAGAAAUUGUUGUACUAAAGUUUCAACGAAUAAUUGCAUACAUAAAAAUGGAAACUCUAUUAUGAAAACGGUCAACGUACAACAUGGAUUAAAUGGAAAUCAAAUGAUCACAAUGCCAAACGAACUAUCUGUUAAAAAUAUUUCCAAGAGCUCGAGCAGCCACAAUAACGGAUUCAAUAAUGCCUAGUAAGUAACAAUUGCAGAUUACCCAGAAAUAAUUCUGAUUCUUACUGAAAAAAUCUAUCAGGUUUAUUACUAUAUAUUUUAUUACUUUAAAUAUUAUUUUAUAUUGUUUAAACAUUAUAUAUCUUUGUUGGAAGUUAAGUUGUUAUAAAACUAACAUUAAUGGUUGUAAACAAACCUGGGCAUAAAUAAGUUAAGAAGUUAAAGCUUAGUUAAAAGUUAAGUUAAUUUUAACUUUUUAAAAGCAUCAACUUAACUUAACUUAAAUAAAAAUUAUCUUUUACUUGCCCAGGCUUGGUUGUAAACUGCAUUGAUUUAUUGUGUAGACGGCUAUGGUUCUGUAUGCAGUCUACCUGUGAAUGUUCCCUCAUUGGUAGAUAGUACCUAUAGCUAUAAAAACAAUGGUUCUGAUUUAUGAAAAUUAGGUAAUAGUUAGUAGAACAGGUACUUAAUUUCUAUUAACUUUAUUAGGUAGUUAUUAUUAAUUAUCGUGCCAUAUAAAAGAAAAAGAAAAUUAAUUAUCGUACAAUUUUUUUAAAUUUUUUUAUUAGCUAGAUCACAAAUGUAGAUUAGGGCCAUGUUAUGUAUCGAUAGAUAUGUACACAAACUUUUUCAGGAGGACGUGUUAUACAUUAUCAAUCAAAUAUUUCAUAUCAAUCUUAUAAAUUAUUUGAAAAAGGUCAAAUGACAAUAUUAUAAUAUUUAAUUCAUAUUUCAUAGCAAAAUGUAUAGAACUAUACUGAAACUGACAAUACCAUGCAUAAAAAAAUUUGAAUAAAUUAAAACGGUUGUCGUCCGUGGUCAAUGGAUUGUUUCCAUUUAUAUAAUUUUGUAACAAAGAAGGAUACACGUUGCCAACAUUCUAUCAGAUUACGGAUACGGUACAACUUUUAGAUAAUAAAGUAGCCCAAUAAUUCAUACUGUAGGGAUACAGAAACUCGAUCAGCUGAUUGAGUGUCGCAUCUAUAUUGUUCUGUGCUAGAAUACAGCGACAGGUAGAUCCAUACAAAACCAUAGUGAUACAAACGGAAAAUGUAAAUUUGUAAAAUAUAAAACAACUUAUUUGUUGGAACUAUAAAAUGUAUAUUAUGCUUUGUCUCUAUACAGUUUAUUCUUGCUUGAAAACAUGUAUUUUUUUUAACUGUUGAAUAACUUUAAAUUUAAUUGUGGUUUGUAUAAAAUAUGAAGUAAAUGAAUACAUAUAUUGAGAAUUUUUUUCAUCAACUUGGAGCCGGUAGAAAAAAAAAUGGUUUAACACUAGGCCUUUAGGUAUGUAAAAUGUUUAAAUAAGUUGAUAUUUUAACUACUAUACAUAUUGCCAAAGCUGGGCAAGUUAACGAUUUUUUUUUAAUUCGUUAAGUUAAGUUAUUUUAAAAUAAUAAAGUUAAAUUAAAUUAAAAGUUACUUGUAUUUUUUUUUUCGUUAACUCAUUAAGUUACUUAAUUUAGUGUAAAGUUAAAAUUUGCUAAUUUGCAAUAAUAAAUAUUCUAGACACAUAAUAUGGUUUAUUAGAUAAUUUUUCUUUACGCUCAAGAAAAUUACUGGGGAAAUUUAAAAUGAUACAUCAAAGCAAAAACCCAUUCAAAAAUUGACAUUAUUCUUCGGACAAAAAUUAACUUAAUUUAUAUACUUUUGAAAUAUAGUUAACUUAAAGUUAACGCGUUAAUCUUGAAAAAAAGUAACAAAUUAAUUAACUUAAUUUUAACUUUUAACUCGUUAAUGCCCAGCCUUGCAUAUUGCUACCUUAACAACAACAACAUAUAUAUUAUUUUUUGCUACUUUUUCAGGAGAAACAAUAAACUAAAUUAAUUGGUAAUUAAUAUUUAAUCGACCAGUUUCAAGAUACACUCUGUUAAUUUAACUACCUAAAUUUACAUCAAUUUUUCUAACUAAAAGUUAAUAAAAUUGUGUAAUUUACUGAAAAAGCCACUUAUGUGGGAUUGACCAAAUAUAAAGACACGGUCUAAAAUUAUGUACAAUUUUAAUAACUAUUUUAUUUUCCGUAACCAAUGAAAAUCCUAUACAAAACUCGGUGUUAGCCUCUCUUUAAAACACCUUAUUUCAGAACUAGGAGUGCAAAAGACUGAUAUGGAUCGCUUAAACACACACACACACACAAAUUGCUUUUUAUCAUUAUAAAUCUAAAUAACUAAUAAGUACUAUAGUAGUUAAAAAUUGUAUAUAAACAAGUUUUUUUAAGUAAUAAUGAAAAUAAUAUAAUAAUAUUUUUUUAUUUUGUGUCUUAUCAUGUCCAUGAUUAGUGCCCCUAUUUCAUAUAUAGAGUGCAUACAUAUGAACUGUGCGGACAUUUCUUAAACAUACUUAAAAGUACUUAAAAGUAUACCUACGUUAGCUAUUCUCUAUUAUACAUCCAUGCUUCUAUGCAUUGGAAUGCAUUAAUGAAUACUAAACAUUAAAUAGUAAUAUUGUAUUUUUUUUUUUAUUUAAUAUUAUAUUUACUAUCUACAAAUUUACUGUAAUCUACUAUUAAUUAAAUUUUAAAAUAUUUUCAAGCUAUGAAAAAUUAUAUGAAAUAAUUUUUAAUUGUUUAAAAAGUAUUAUGAUUAACCUGUUACAUAUGAGGAUACCUAAUAUGUAAGCUACAAAAAAAAAUGAUUUAAAAUAGGAAGUAAUUUAAGUUUUUCAAAUAUUUAGCUAAGAAAAUAUUUUUAUUAAAGUGUACGUUUUACUGCCAAUUACCUUUUAAGUGUUUUUAAAAUAUUAAAAUACUUUUACUUUCCACCGAAAAAUGUUUAUAUAAUUUAAAAUUUAUAUAUUUAUGCCAAAGUCAAUUUUAAUAAUACUAUAUUAUGCUUUAUAUCCUAUACAUAAGUCUUAUUUCUGAUUAGUUAUAGAUAGGAGGAAGUUAGAGUGAAUCACUAAAAUAUUUCCCUAAAAUGUACUACUAAAAAUAAAGUCAUAUUAUAACACUUUUAUGCUAUCGCUCAAUUCUCUAAAAUUAUUUUUGUAUAAAAUGAAAUUUAACUGUUGAAAGUCACUGUUUUUGUCAUUUUUUGUUAUUUUUAUAAUUUUUAUAUUUUGUAUUGUAUUUAAGUAUUACAAUGUACAUCUAUAUUUGAACUAUUGAAUGGACUAAGUAGUAUAAUACUAUAAAAUAUGAUUAAGUACAGAAAGAGUGAAGUUAAAAUUAACUUGUUAUAAAUUAAGUCAUUAAUAUGAUAACCAAAUAUUAACUUUAUUUUAUUUUAUUAUUUUGUGCGUAGAGAAUUUGUUUAAAUCCAUAACUUUCUUCUAAUCUUAGCUAAUUAAAGCCAUUCUUUGUUUUUUGUAGGUAUGUGUGUAUUAUACACAAAUUUUCCUAUAAACCAAACUGACGGAUGUUGUAAAUAUUAUGUUAUUAUAAUAAAUAUAUAAAUAAUUUAAUAAAAACUAAAAUAAUAUUUUAAAAAAAAGAUGUGUUGUGAAACCACAAUGCGAUAUUUCUUAAGUAUAAUAUUAUGUUCCUUUUGAAUUUAAUCCGUGUAAGCUAAUUAAAAACUAUACAAAUUUCAUCUUAAUGUGUGCAAUCAGUUUCACAAUAUUUUGUAUUUGUAAAUAAUAUAGUUUAAAUAAA